CAAUAGAGUUACCGAUUUAAAAACCUUCGUUAGUAUUGAUUGGUGAGUUGGAAUCAAGUUAAGACAAGACUCCAUUAUUAAAAUGUUACCUGUGACACGCACAUUAUAAAAUAUAGGACAUUAUAAACAGCUCAAUCAAAUGUCUUUGGAAUGGAAAAUGGUCGAAACAUUAUGACCCUAGAUAGCGACACAAAUAGUUCCCCUAAAGGGGGAUUUGUUUCUCCGAUAGACAAUUGUGAUUCCAAAAUGGAGGAUGGUAGUGUGGAACUAAACGGUAAGAAACGUAAACUUGUCGUUCAUUUUGAUCUCAGGAAUACAGUUCUAGUUUCCGAUUCAGUAACGAAUGUAUCUAUGGAACAAGCGCUGAACAGUUUCUUGACAGGCGUCGUUUGGGGUAGAGAUCUUGAAAAUGGUGUUUGGCGAUGGCAUUCAUAUACCCCUUCUCUUACACCUCCUGCUGAGGGUACAACUACUUUUUAUAAAUAUUUAGAAAGAAAAUUGGUGAAAACUCCCAAAGACAGAACAAUGUUGCGAAUAGCAACAGGCGAUUUCGCUCACAGUGAUAUUGGCAAGGGUUUUUUACCAUAUUUCAAUUCACACAUUGACAAAAUGAAAUGGAAACAUUCGGAAGUUCCGGAAUCAGGGAAAUUAACAAUGUCUGGUUCAGAUGGCAAGCACUAUCAUUACAUACUGCCUUCCGUAUAUAAAGCAAUACACCAACUUCAUGAGGACGGCCGGGAUUUUGCAAUUGUGUUCAGAACAUAUGGAUUGGAUACCGCAAAUGUCAUAUCAAGUGUUAAAUUUGGACUGGCAGGGAACCAUCCAGGAUUUCCGGAAGAUCUUCAACUUCCGGUAAACCAGUUAGUUGGAAAGGUAAAGCGAGGUGAUAAUCAAUCAAUUGAAUUCAUGACGUACAUGGACGACUCGACGGUUAAAGAAUUCAAAAAUGAUCGGGAUAUUUACAACAUGCUUUCAAAAUCUCAGGGAAUAUCAGGGUAUAUGGACGACUUCCGGUAUUGGCAAGACAAUGGAUACAUGUAUUCUACCGCCAAACCUUUGUAUAUUGACCCUUUUGAUACCAGGGUCCAGCAUAUUUUUUUCGAUGACAAUUUUAGAAAAUAUGAAAAUGAUAGUAUCGUUGACAUCCGACUUUUCGAUUCCGCUGGGUGUAGAAACUCCAAAAGCGUUAUGCGACCGGAAAUAGAAAAAUUCGAAAAUCUGUGUGUUGUACAAGCAGAUUUAAUGACGGCUAUAGACGAUGAUGAUUAUUUCUUGAAAAGUAUACGAACUUGUGAAGAAAACUACACACAAUAUCUAAAGAAAUUUCAUGGAAUAGUUUGAUGUUUGUUUAAAAAGUGCUUUAUUCCUUUAGAGUUUAUGGAACUAAACUAGUCAUUUGACUAUAAUAUUUUAUGGAUAUAAUAGUAGUUAUGUAUGAUCAAAUACUGCAAUAUCUUACUCUGUGAUAUACAUUUGUACAUUCUUAAUCAUUGUAUAGUUACCUAUUGAAUUAAACACACCAUGACAUGUCCUUUAAUUGAAGUGAGAUUUGAUAUUUUACUAAGGUUUUUAAAAUCUAUGGUUCAUUAGCACUAUUUAUCUAAAACAUUUAAAAUAUUUUCAAUGUACGGAAUAUUUUUAUAGAUUUUUUUCUUCUUUUUUUAUAUACAUAUUCGUCCAACUUCUUGAUAUCUAAUUCACCUAUUGUUAUUUACGGUGUAUUUUUAAUUACCUUUUAAGAUCAUUAGGUAUAUAUAUAUAUAUAUACGUGUUCUUUAUAACGAAUUGCACUUAAACUUCAAUGGAUUUCAAUCUUAAUUUUGUCCAGCGCUUAUACAAAGUUUUAUAUGUAAAGAAAUAUACCUUAUGGAUUUAAGUUCUAACGAUAUAAUUGCUGGACACGCUUGAUUUGUUCUUUUGAAAAUGAACUAUCUCCCCACUUUUCAAAAUUUCUCAACAAUACAUUUCAAUGUUGAUACUUGACUUCUGUGGUUUUUAUGAAGUUUUAGUUUACGCUGGAGAUAUAAAUUCUCUUCUGAUGGACCCUCCAGUUUAUUAUCUUUUCAUAUAUAGAUACGAAUUUUAAUCUCGGAAUUUAAUCAUAAGCAUAUUUUAAUUUGAUAUUUGUGAAGCUCAGUUAAAAAUCAAAGCAUGUAUUUUAAAAACCUCAUUGUUGACCCUGAAUUUUAAAUUUGAACGAAUGCCAAAUAGCUAUGGAUUUUAAUUAAACUUCAAGAGAUAAUACAUAAAAUUUUAAAUUGUAUGUAUACAAUUAAUGUCAAGGAACAUUACUGAUUCACAUUGUAAACAGAAUGACGCGACGAAAAAUAAGUAAAGAAGAAACUAUAGACAAAAUAUUUUCUCGUGAUAUUUUUCCUCAUUCAUACAAAGUACAUAUUAAAAAAUAAAAUCAUUAUGCAUGUUUAUGGAGCUAAUUUAUUGAAAAUAUCUUUGAACUUGAAUGAAGUGAAUUUAAAAACUUCAGUCUUUAGCACUUUUUUUCUGAUGUCGUUACCAGGGAGAUUGUUUCGUUGUUGAGCAAAGUGUUUACAUUAGUAUUUUUACAGAGAAAUAUUUAAUGAAAUAGAUUUCAAGAGAUUAAUAUCAUCUUAUACAUUGAUAAAAAACAUGUCCUGCAAUUAUUAUUAGCUAUAAAUCUAAACCAUCGAAAGGGCAUAGGAGCCGAGAGACAACACUCUGUUUUUGUCCCCCACCCAAAUAUUUGGCAAAAUAACUGACUAACUUCUAGACAUAUAGACUAAAGAUGUAUGUGUUUUUUGUCAGAAGUUUGCCCCCCCCCCCCCCCCCCCCUAUACACACGCACACAUUCACCAGUGUCUAGCCCUGUAUGUUUGUCAUAACACAUUAUAUGCAAUUUUCUCUAGUCUGAUCCAUUUUUCUUAGAUUCUGAAAGAAAGAUAAUGUGCCAAAUUUGGGCACUUGCGUAGGCCUUUCAGCCAUUGUAAAUUAUAUGAAAUCAAUUAAUACAGUGUUUGUUUUUCAAUUCUCAUUGAUGAAACAUUGUGUUGUCUUUUUGUUAACUAGACCGUAAUUCCUAGUAGCGUUAAAUCAAUUCUCUUUAUACAUUAUGUAUAAGCAGUCUGAGAACUUGCAUAGAAAUUAGAUGUAAAAUGUGAUAAUUGAUAGAAAUCAGACAUGAAAGAUCAGAAUAAAACAUUGUUAAGUGUUAAUUGCGGUCUACAUAUGACUAUAUAUAUUAACAUACUUUGGCUGGUGUGUGAUAAAAGGGUCAGGAAAAAAAAAAACCAAACAAAUGUAUGUGUAAUGUAAAAUUUCAAAUAGGGUUGCAGGUAUAAAAAUAUAAGGCAUGCAUGUGGAUACUGAAACUGACUUUAUGUAAAACAUUAAUUUCAAAAGCUCACAUCGAAGGACUUCCAUCCUAAGUGGGCCAACCCUCUUAAAUCCCUAUUCUGCAGCGUAUGCCGUGGUGUUAGAGUUGUAAGAGUUGCCAAUUUCCGUAAAUAUGUGGACAAUCUAGUCUCCUUUUAUUCGUCAAUUUAAACUUUCUCACUCGUCACUUAAAAAAACAUAAUUACUCAGAAUACUGCGAUGUAAAGUGAAUGCAAUUAAGGAAAUGAGGAAUAAAGACCAAAAAGACAGCGACGUAACAACACAAGCUCAUAAACAGACAUAAUCGCCAAAAUUGCAUGGGAAGUUCAUAAACAGGAAUAAUCACCAAAAUUGUAUGGGAACCUCUCGGUUAAAUAUUUUUCUUGUAAUAGCACCAAUCAGCAUCCACGAGUUUAUUUCAGUUGCUAAUUUUUGUGCAAUCUCAAAAAAUGGAGUAACACAAAUAAUUUUAGUUUUAACAAAGGCAUUUAAACAUAUUUUACAUGAUGAGAGUGAUGCAUGGGAUAUAAAAGAUUUUAUUAUGAUUAUCGUAUGAAUAUUAUAUGUUAUUAGACAAUCUGAUAUUAAAUUAUUUUAUCGAAUAGUAUAUAUUUA